AUGUCGAACACAUUCGUCUCUUUCUUCAGCCUUGAUGGCGAUUCCAUUGUCUCUGGGCCAGUGCCAGUGGACCCCUUUGUGCCCGACUCGGGCAAUAUCUUUCCCAAAAUGGUCAAUCAAAUCAACGAUGCUGCCUGGGAACUAUGGCAAUUUGAUGGACUCGCCGCAAAUGGCAAGACAGCAGUCACCGUCUCCUUCUACCGCGAUACGCGAACACUUACUGAAGGUGGUUUUCAUGCCGAAUUGAAUGCUAUCUGGCCGGAUGGUACCAGCUGGGGUGAGAAACUCUUUUUUGAAGAGUCUGUCAUUACCUCUGAAGGUGACUUUUCCCAUACGGGAAAGGUACACGGGGUCUGGAAGUCUGACGCCGCGAGUGUCACAUUCCGAAUCGCGGCAGAUCUUUCGGUAGCCACGUUGCAGUUUUCUGUGCCCGGCCGAGUGACAGGAACACUAGAGCUGAGCUCCCUUAGUAGCCGCUCAGACUCACGCCUCCCAGCCACCGACGGCGCAGCAAAGCUUGGUUCAUCUGUGCAUUACAUCUACCCACUCGGGCCAUGUGUCUCGUCCGCAGAUCUAGUAUUUGAUGCGGCCGAUGACACGAACAGGCGCACGUUGAUCUUGAAAGCAGAAAAUGGAGACCGCGGAGGCUUUGUUCGAGGUUGGUCUAGCCUUGCAUGGCCCCAUUUCAUGACCGACGCGUAUUACAUGUGUGGGACCGCUGGCCCCUACAUGCUGCAACUCAUCCGUAUCGUCUCCACCGCUGCGGACGACUAUAAACCAUCGGUCGUUGCCCGCCUUUACCACAAUACGGAGCUAGUCUGUGCCGCGAAUCAAAUUGCUGGCAUCGGAGCACCAGAGCUGCAGGAAGAUGCCGUUGUUGUGGAGAAGGUGCUUGAUGGAGAAAGGGGCCUGAAGGGGGCGUUUCGUGAUAAGAACGUUGGUUACGUGAUUGAAUUUGUCAAAGGAGACGCUGGGAAAAAGUGGCGUUUUGAGACGCGUCACAAAGUCGCAUGGUGGAGUGACUAUACUAGUGACCAGGGGACAGGCAAAUCUGGUUUCAUCGAGGCGCUUUUCGGAGGAUCGCAGGAUGGGCCGAAGUUUGAAGGUUUCGCCGGAGCGGGUCAGCUGCAGCUGCCUUGA